CGCAACGGAGGAGAAGGCGACGCCCGCUCUUCCUCGAGAAAUCGAAAGGCCGCCGCCCUUAUAAGGCGUGCGCGUCCCCUCUCGCCCCGAAGCGUAGUAAAACAAAGCGAAAGAUGCAGGCGGUCUGCCUUUCAACCCCUGCGGCUAUCGUCCGCUCCUCGGUGCGGGGCAGGGCGAGGUCCAAGUCCGUCGUGGCACCCCGCCGCGGCGGCGUUCCCUCGGUCCGCGCGGCGGCCGAGGCGCCCGCGGCUGCCGUCGAGGCCUCUGAGCUCGACUUCGCGGCCUACAUCGCGGAGAAGAACGCGGCCAUCGAGCAGGCCCUCUCCGACUCCGUCCCCGAGAUGUAUCCCGAGCGCCUGCACGAGUCCAUGAGGUACUCGCUGCUCGCGGGUGGCAAGCGCAUCCGCCCCUGCCUCUGCAUCGCCGCCUGCGAACUCAUGGGCGGGACCAUGGAUGUCGCCAUGCCCACCGCGUGCGCGCUCGAGAUGAUUCACACCAUGUCCCUCAUCCACGACGACCUCCCCUCCAUGGACAACGACGACUUCCGCCGAGGCAAGCCCACCAACCACAAGGUAUAUGGCGAGGAGAUGGCCAUCCUCGCGGGCGACGCGCUGCUCAGCCACGCGUUCGAGUACAUCGGCCGCGAGACUCCCAAGUCCGUGCCCGCCGAACGCACCCUGCGGGUCAUCGUGGACGUGGGCAAGUGCGUGGGAUCCGAGGGCCUGGUGGGCGGCCAGGUUGUGGACAUCAUGUCCGAGGGCGCCGAAGCCGGCGAGGUCACCGUGGAGACCCUCCAGUACAUCCACGCGCACAAGACCGGCGCGCUCCUGGAGGUGUCCGUCACCGCCGGCGCCAUCCUCGCCGGCGCGAAGGAGGAGGACGUCGAGCGCCUGGGGAAGUACGCCCAGCUCAUCGGCCUGGCGUUUCAGGUUGUGGACGACAUCCUGGACUGCACGCAAACCUCGGAGCAGCUCGGCAAGACGGCGGGCAAGGACGAGGCGGUCGGCAAGGCCACCUAUCCGUCCCUCGUCGGCCUCGAGGAGUCCAAGAAGAUCGCGGAUAAGCUCAUCGCCGACGCGAAGGAUCUCCUCAAGGACUACGACCAGGAGAAGGCGGCGCCCCUCAUUGGCCUCGCGGAUUACAUCAAGAACCGCCAAAACUGAUACGACCCGUCGAGUCAUCGGCGGGCUGGAUUUCGGCGCGCGCAGUCUCUGGGGUUGUCGACGAGCGAGCCUUGCGCGUGCGUUAUUAAGCGGCGCUCGCGGGGGAUGAUGGCGAUAUCCGCGAGCAGGGUGGUGGUGUUGGGCGAUGCCUCGGGUGUCCCGGUAUCGGGGGACGAGGCGUCUUGUCGUUUCGGGGUUUCGAGGGAAACCAGACUUAAUUGAGGGUGUAGUGGGAGUACUCGAGCGGCGUGCCUCGCGCCGACUGGCACUGUACUAGCCGGAGCUCGGGUGCUUUAAUGUCAAUUUCGUGUUUCACAUC